AUGGAAGUAUCAGGACGAAGACUCGGUAGAGAUAAAGAUGAGAUCCUGUGUCAGCCGUGUCAUGGGGAAGGUGACGAAGUUACAGCGGAGGGUUACUGUGAGAAUUGUAAUGAAUACUUCUGUUCAUUAUGUCUAAAGGUUCAUCGUAAAAUGGCGGUCACUAAGAAUCAUGUGAUCAAAUCGAAAGUGGACAUGCCGAGAACCAAUAUUCAGUCAGAUCCUUGUGUAGAGCCGUGUGAUAUCCACAAGACUGAGAUAGUAAAGUACUAUUGUCAUAAACAUGAUUCGGUCGGUUGUGGUGAUUGUAUGGUUAUAGAUCAUAAAGCCUGCAAAGUUGAGUUGGUGUCUGAUGUAUCCGGUAACUAUGGUAACAGUGGAGAAAUUGAAACGAUCAAAGAAAAGAUAGAGGAAAUGGAGAGAAGAAUCAGUUCGGUUAAGCAAGAUAUGAAAGACAAUUUUAAUGCUGCAGCUGACAUGAAGGCCAGAAUUGUAAAAGAAAUCAAACUCUUCCGGAAAGAGCUAAAUACACACCUUGACCAGGCUGAAGCAGAACUUUUAAGCGAGGUUGAACAAUUAAAUGCCAAAGAUGUUGUUGUACAAAAACAAGGAUUAAAAGAAUGUGACUCAAUGGAAACUGUAAUGAAACAAUUUCAGCAGACUAUAGACCAACAUGAAGAUAAAGUCAACCAGCUCUUCGUUACAGCCAAACUUGCAAAGGAAAGAUUGGUAACUUACAAAGAAUCAGUCAAACGUUUAUCAUCUGAGAAAAGUAUUAGCCGGUGUACAUUUGUACCAUCUAAAGAUAUACAGGCUCUAAUGGUGUCCCAAUCUCCUAUCGGAGCCAUUUCGGUAGUAACCGAGAUAUGCGCUGACCUAAAAAAGAAAACAAUAGUAGAUAAGAAGGCACAAUUUGUGCGGGAAUUGAAUGUUCGAGGUGAAAAUAAGAGUGGAUGUCGGAUAACAGGCAUGGCUAUGAUUUCAAGUGAUGAAAUUCUGCUUGCAGAUUACAAUAGCAAUUCACUGAAAAUUAUUAACGUAAGUGAAAACAGGAUCACUUCAAGGUACAGCUGCGCUCAUGGACCGUUUGAUGUUACCACGAUUAACAUAGAUAAUAGUGCAACCACUCUACCAGUCCCUGGGAAGAUCCUAUUUAUGAAUAAAAGAGGAGGUUUGUCUGAGAGUCACACCAUAAAAGUAAAACAAUGGUGUAGAGGAAUUGAUCAUCAUAAUGGUAAAAUCGUAGUGUCAUUUACAUGUUAUCCUGCGGCAGUAGAGGUUUUAAAUAUGAAAGGGGAAAUUCUGCAUCAUGCAGAUUAUCCAAUGAGCGUGAAUUGUACCCUAUAUUAUUUAGGUUACAGCAAUGAUGGUAAAAGCUUUUUUGUGUCAGAUAAUGGAGGAAACACAGUAUGGGAACUUUCUGCCGACGGACAACUAAAGACUAAAAUAUCUGAAAAUCUAAAAGGGCCAUGUGGACUGGCAGUGACAAAGGAUGGAACUAUUGUUGUUUGCAAUCGAGGCGAUAAUGACAAAUUGACCUUGAUAUUUCCAGAUACAAGGAAACUGCAGUAUCUCUUCGUUAAGAAUGUGAAAAACCCAGAAGCUGUUCUUAUUUGUGAAGAUAGCAGUAAAAUGUACAUUAGUGAGUGCAAUAAUAUGCACAUCAAAGUAUUUGAUCUGAAGUAG